CCAGGCGACAUGGCUGCUGAACCAAAGAAGCUUCACGUAGUAGUGUUCCCAUGGCUGGCCUUUGGUCACAUGAUUCCAUUUCUUGAGCUAGCCAAAUCAAUUGCUCAAAAGGGGCAUAGAGUCACCUUUGUAUCCACCCCACGAAACAUCGAUCGCCUCCCAAAAAUCCCAUCAACCUUAAUCUCCCAACUCAAUUACCUUAAACUUCCUCUACCUCAAAUUGAAAAUCUGCCUGAAAAUGCCGAGGCUACGACUGAUUUGCCUAUAACCAAGGUCCAUUGCCUUAAGAAAGCCUAUGAUGGUCUCCAAAUCGAGGUAGCUCAAUUUCUUGAGACCACUCUACCUGAUUGGUUGAUUUACGAUUUUGCCUCUCAUUCGCUGCCAUCGAUGGUUGGUAAACUUGGUAUUUCACUUGCCUUCUUCUCUUCCAUGAAUGCAUGGUCCGCCACUUUCUUUGGAUCAGCAAAAACCUUUCACACUCGAACUAAGCCCGAAGAUUUCUUGGUCCCACCCAAGUGGGUCCCAUUCCCGUCAAAGGUGGCGUUUCGUCGUCAUGAGUUAAUGCGGAUGGCUGCUGGCAACGUAGAGAACGCCUCCGGCGUCUCGGACUGGGACCGUGUGGCGGAGGCUCUGAUCCGUUGCGACGCGAUUCUGGUCAGGAGUUGUAGAGAACUGGAAAGUGAUUGGCUGGAUCUAACGGAAAAGAUGCAUGAAAAGCCUGUGAUAACUGUGGGCUUAAUGCCGCCGUCGGCCCGAGAUAGAGAAGAUGACGGGGAUGACACGUGGCAUACGAUUAGUGGGUGGCUAACCCUGCAUGGAAAAGAAUCUGUAAUCUACGUAGCACUGGGGACCGAGGUGGCGCCGAGUCGAGAAGAGCUAACUGAGUUAGCUACUGGGCUAGAGCUUUCCGGAUUGCCCUUCUUCUGGGCUCUGAGGAAAAAGCAGGGUCUAAGUGAGUUUGAAUCGCUUGAGUUGCCAGAUGGGUUCGAGGAACGAGUUAAAGAUAGAGGAAUUGUGUGGACGAGUUGGACACCUCAACUCAGGGUCUUAGCCCAUGACUCAGUGGGAGGCUUUUUAACUCAUUGUGGAUGGAGUUCAGUUAUAGAGGGACUUCAAAAUGGGAGGCCACUAGUGAUGCUGCCCUUCCAACUGGACCAAGGGUUGAAUGCUAGAGCCUUAGAAGAGAAAAUGGUGGGAAUUGAAAUACCAAGAGAUGAAGAUGACGGCUCACUGAGUACAGACUCGGUAGCUGAGUCACUCAGGUUGAUAAUGACAGAUCAAAAGGGGCAGAUUUACAGGGACAAGGCUAAGGAAAUGAAAUUGAUUUUCGGAGAUAGGGACUUGCAAGAAAAAUACGAAGACAACCUGAUUGAAUAUCUCCAAAAGAUUAGAGGUCUGAUUUAGAUUGAUUUAGCGAUUGUAUAAUGUAAUAUAAUUUGCAGAGAUUUGGUACCAGCUGCCUGGCAUCUCUUUGGUUAAUGAUUGUCAAAGAAUA